AUGAGCGAAUCAAAAUCAAAUCAAAAUGCUGCUGCUGCAUCAUCAAAUAUUCGUCAACCACGACAACGUAUGGUACAAAACUACCUUCUCCUCUGGGUAGAUGCCAACAUCGACCAAGCAAACAAGGACUGUCAGAAUACACUGGCUCAACUGAAGAGCGUGGUCAACGAUGUCAACGUAUGCACGGAACCGAAUCAGUGCAUUCAAGUACUCAAGAAGAUUGACAAGGAACAAGCCUUUGUCAUAACAUCAGGCUCAUUAGGUCAACAUUUGGUUCCUGAAAUUCAUGACACACCACAGCUAGAUGCCGUUUACAUCUUUUGUGGCAACAAAUCUCGACAUGAGGAAUGGACUCAAAACUGGACAAAAAUCAAAGGUGUCCAUACCAACAUCAAAGAAAUAUGUCAAGCACUACAAUUGGCGGUUAAACAAUGUGACCAGGACACAAUUGCCGUAAGUUUUCUUACGAUAAAUGAAAUGACUUCAACUGAUAAUUUAAAUCAGUUGGAACCAACUUUCAUGUACACCCAACUAUUCAAGGAGAUCCUCCUUGAUAUCGAAUACGGUGAUAAUGCAACCAAGGACUUAGCAGCUUGUUGCCGCGAAGUCUUUACUGGCAAUCCAAAUGAAUUACAAGUGAUUAAUGAAUUUGAACAUGAUUAUCGACCACAAAACGCGAUAUGGUGGUAUACACGUGAGUGUUUUACCUACAAAAUGCUCAAUCAAGCACUUCGAAAUAUGGAUGCCGAUAUAAUCAUUAAUAUGGGCUUCUUUCUACGUGAUGUACAUCAACAAAUUCACCAGCUGUACGAACAACAAGUCACUGGUUAUGGAAGAAAAUCUUUUGAAGUUUAUCGAGGACAAGGUCUUAUGAAAACAGACUUUGAAAAACUUAUGAAAGCAAAAGGCGGACUUAUGUCAUUUAACAAUUUCUUAUCUACUAGUAAAGAUGAAAAAGUGUCCCGCAGUUUUGCUCGACGUGCUUCGGCAGAACCAAAUAAGGUGGGAAUUGUCUUUAUAAUGUCCAUCGAUCCUUGUUUGAAAUUAACACCAUUUGCCUCCAUCAAAGAGGUGAGUUAUUUUAAGGAAGAAGAAGAAAUUCUCUUCUCAAUGCACACUGUGUUUCGAGUGAAUGCAAUUAAACAAAUGGACAAUAAUAAUCAACUUUAUCAAGUUGAAUUACAAUUAACAUCGGAUGAUGAUCAAAAAUUACGAUUACUUACUGAUCGGAUACGAAAGGAAGUCGUUGGUAGUACUGGAUGGCGAAGACUGGGUAACUUAUUGCUUAAAAUUGGUCAAUUUAAUAAAGCUGAAGAACUUUAUAAUGUAUUACUCGAACAGACAUCUGAUGAGGGUGAAAAAGCGCAUUAUUACAGUCAACUGGAACAUGUCAAACGUGACCAGGGUGAUUAUGAAAAGGCUAUUUGGUAUUAUGAACAAGCAAUUGAAAUUCAACAAAAAACUCUUCCUUCAAAUGAUCCUGAUUUAGCUACUUCAUACAACGACAUCGGUUUGGUGUAUAACAACAUGGGACAGUACUCGAAAGCACUUUCAUAUUACGAAAAAGCGCUUGAAAUUUAUCAAAAAACUCUUCCUUCAAAUCAUCUUGAUAUGGCUACUUCAUACAACAACAUCGGUAGUGUAUAUGACCACAUGGGAGAGAACUCGAAAGCACUUUCAUAUUACGAAAAAGCGCUUGAAAUUAAAGAAAAAAGUCUUCCUUCAAAUCAUCCUUCAUUGGCUACUUUAUACAACAACAUCGGCAGUGUCUAUGACAACAUGGGACAGUACUCGAAAGCACUUUCAUUUUACGAAAAAACACUUGAAAUCUUUCGAAAAGCUCUUCCUUCAAAUCAUCCUUCAUUGGCUACUUCAUACAACAACAUCGGUGGUGUGUAUAAAAAGAUGGGAGAGUACUCGAAAGCACUUUCCUAUCAUGAAAAGGACCUAGAAAUUUCUGAAAAAAAUCUUCGUUCAAAUCAUCCUUCAUUGGCUACUUCAUAUUGGUGCAUGGGAAGUUUGUAUGAGAAUAUGAAAGACUAUUCGAAAGCACUAUCAUAUUAUGAACGGGCUCUGGACAUAUUCCAAAGUGCAUUUUCACCAACUCAUCCUCAUAUCAAAAGUGUGAAAAAUAGUAUUGAAAUUGUAAAAAUUAUAAAAAAUAUUUGA